UUGGGUUUCCAUUGUGUGUGUACCACAACACAACGUGUAGGAAAAGAAAAAUGAGUGCAAGAUUUGAGUGUGUCGUGGGUCCAGUGAGCGAAUCGUUUCAGUGUCCGCCUCUUCCACAUAACAGUGGCUGCCCUGACCGUCACUCCUCGGCGCUAACUUGGCCACGACAGAGUGACGGUGUAAUGGUGUUUGGACAGCCACUCGCACCACGUCUCUCGUCACCUGUGCCUCAUAACAGUGCCACAUCAUUAAUAGCGUGCAUCGGAGCCACUUUGCUGGGAUACAAUACUAAUGAAACGUUGCCUGAAGUGGUGUCAGGGGCCUAACGCCAUCUACUACCAGGAGGCGGCGGAACUGGCUGUGGGUUACCACUGCUCCUGCCGGCACAGCAUGGGCGGGCAGCAUUGUCACGGUAGUGGUGGGCAGCGUGGCGCGACCAAGCCCUGAGGCGAAGGCCAUGUCGGCAGGCCAGGAGGUGCUAGUGGUGGUGUUCAGCACCGCUAUGCCCGUGCUGGUGUUGGAAUUGGUGUUGGUGAUCGUGUGCAUGAAGCGGAAAUGCGUACGUGACUGCCCGUGUCGGGAUGAGGAGGCGCGGCGUCAGAACGAGCAGAACAUGGUGCACAACGCUGUGGGCGCCGUCAACAGUGUCUGGAUCACCACAUGAUCUACUCCCUAAACUUCCCCAUCAAGAAACCCUUCAACACCGUGCCACCACCUCCCCCCCCUUGCAUCACCCACACGACACCCACCUCCACCACCAUCACCUCAACUAUCACGACUACAAGAAUCCAGCGGAGAACGCAUACUCCGCAGUGCCCAUGCGCAGCAGCAGGAUUCAACAAGGAUGUGUCGCUGCUCUCGCUGGCUGACCACCUUGAGAAGGACAUUGAGGCACCGCCCAGCCCCGCGUCACGCCCACCUAGGACUCCAGGGCCCCAUGCAAGGUGUUCCGGAAUUCCUUCCUGCCGCGCACAUACAGCCACAGGCUUGAAAUCAAGCGACCGCCGGCAGAGAGGAGCCUUCUCCUGGACUUUUGACGAGUACCUUGUUGAAGCACAGAACAUAGACAGCGUUGGAAAUUGGACUAGUACAGUUUGACCAGGGUCCAACAUUGCACCAGGAUGAAGUGAUACACGUGUGUAGAGGUGCCAGGAGGACGGACUCUUGGAACAAGCCUUCCGACAACAGUCAUCAGCCAUCAGCCAUCAGGCAAGCGUGGCGGAACCACUCUGUUGAUUUCCAGCAGCAAAACGUGCGGGAAACACACCACCGAGUAGCUUUCACACGGCUGACAGUGUCCACUCACUCUCUGGCGGUAGAAGUAGUCGGUGGAGGGGGGAGGGUAGGCGAGGACGCAGCCGCUUGCACCUGGAGGAACGUGUGUGUGUGUGUGUGUGUGUGUGUGUGUGUGUGUGUGGGGAGAAGUAAUUAAACUAGUUAGGUAGUUAUAGUAGUGUGUGUGUGUGUGUGUGUGUGUGUGUGUGUGUGUGUGUGUGUGUGUGUGUGUGUGUGCGCGCGCUUGGGGAGAAGUAAUUAAACUAGUUAGGUAGUUACAGUAUUUAGAUUUUAUUUAGAAUUUUUCGGGAGAGUGAGAAAUGUAUCAUAAUGUUAUCAUUCUGAGUGUUGGGAACAAGAGUGAGAAGAGAAUUACUAUUCCUGAUUUUUGAUGUAUGCAUUUAUUAAGCUGAGCUGAAACAUGUGCAAAGUUGACAUUAACGUGAAUAAAUUGAUAUCUUGUGUAUUGGAAAUCGAGCUUUUAAAAAGUGGCUAUUCUCACAAUUGUAAUGGACCAAAUUUAUUAAUAGAAAUCAAUGGAAUGUUCAUAUGCUCAAUACAUUACCUGUGUGUGUGUGUGUGUGUGUGUGUGUGUGUGUGUGUGUGUGUGUGUGUGUGUGUGCGCGCAGAGAGGUAGGCAGUCUGCUUACCACGUACUGUACAGCUCCACUCCUAAUCCACCACAGUGUUGCCAUGCUAUGUAUUGCUUCCUGACCGCCUGUGUUGCCAUUGUACCAAGGUGAAGUCAAUAAAAUGUCGACAAAUG